AUGGGGUUGUGGUCAUUUCUUGAGGGUGUCCUGCUUAUAGCUAAUGCUUUGGCAAUAUUGAAUGAAGACCGUUUUCUUAAUCCCAGAGGAUGGAGCUUCGCUGACGCUAGAGGCAUGCAUGGAGCAAACACCUUCAAAGGACAGAUGAUUGGCCUCAUAUACGCUGCUCAAUACAUGAGAUUUCCAUUGAUCCUUCUUAAUGGAAUCACUAUACUUGUGAAGUUUGUUACAUUCUGACAGUGGGAAGUGGUAUGCUAUAUAGUUCUUCGGUUUGCUUCCUCGAAGAUUGAGAUAUUUGCACUCAACUAGGCUUCAUGUAAAUCUUCUCGUGCUUCACCCCUUCUUCCGAUAGUCUUUGUUGAUGGUUGUAUAGCUGUGCCUUGUGUAUGCACCCUGUUGAGAUGUGCAGUUGUGCUCAGCUACUAAUUUAUUGGUUAUCCGGGACAAACAACAAACUAGACGGCAGGUGCCUAACUCUGAUCUUUCAUUGUUCUUUUGUAUGUGCAUGAUGUAUUUGCAUUUGUCCGCUGUAAUUUUUUCUUGUUAUGCCUGAUAAUUUUUUGCAUGAUGGACUUUUUAUUAUGAA